AUGGGGUCCCUCGCGCCGCCGCCGCACUACCAGCACAUCGUGGUCCGCGGGCUGCCGUACGAGCGCGGCCUCUCGCACGGGCAGCAGGCGCGGGCCAAGAUCCUGGCCAGCCUCGAGCACUACAGCCAGCCGGGCAAGCUGCCGCCUUGGGACACAUGCCGGCGCAUCAUCCACGAGGUGUACAUCCCCGGCGUGGAGCGCUUCUUCCCCGAGGCGCUCCCCGAGAUGCAGGGCAUCGCCGACGGGGCGGGCGUCGACCUCGACAAGAUUGUCCUGCUCAACGCGCGGUACGACCUCGCGCGCGUCCGCGGCAUGGGCAUCCGUCCUCAUCCGAGCAGUGCGACCCUGCCGUCUUCUUCUUCUUCUUCUUCUUCUUCUUCCUCCUCUACUCCGACGAACCCCCCGACUGCCGUGCCUGCCCCUGUGAGUACUAGAGACGGCAGCACCAACGGCAACAACGUCAACAACACCAACCCCUCGAUCCACAACAACAACAAGGACAACGUCAACGUAAACGAAAAUGACAAGCACACAUGGGACGAUGAGAAUAAUGCCGACCCCUCCCUCCAAGAGUGCACCGCCGCCGGCCUCCUCUCCUCCGCCACGUCCACGCGCUCCGUCCUGCUCGCCCAAAACUGGGACAUGUCGGCCAGCGUGCACGACAACGACACGGCCCUCCUCCUCGAGGUGCACCCGCACCCGUCCGAGCGCCUGCCCGCCAUGUUCCUCGUCACCGAGGCCGGCCAGCUGGGCCGCUCGGGCGUCAACGCCGCGGGGCUGGGCGUGUGCGCCUGCUCGCUCAUGUCGACGGAGGAUUACUUUCCGCUGGUGCUAGACGACCGAGAGGCGGAUAAAAAAUGGCAGAUGCAGGCACAGCAGAAAGAUGGGCAGCAGCAGCGGAAGGACGAGAAGGUUAAUAAGUGGCAGCAGACGCCGCUCCUCCCCAUGACGCUCAUGCGCCGCCAGUUCCUCCACAACAUCAACUUCGCCAACGGCCUCAUCAACAUCCGCAACGCCCCGCGCCACGUCUCCAACCGCCUCGUCGUCGGCACCGCAGACGACUUUGUCAUCAACAUGGAGGUCACGCCCUCGGCCGUGCACCUCGCGUAUCCGGACCUGCUGCACACUGUGCCGCCGUCGCCCAUCUCCAUGUCCAUGUCCAUGCCCUCGACGUACAACCACCACCACAACAGCAACGGCUGCCCGUCGUUCGUCGUCGGCGCCAACCACUUCGUCAACCCGGCCUUCCACGCCAGCGGCUGGGCGGACCGCAACCCUGGCGGCAGCACGUGGUUCCGCGACGUGCGCGUCGCGCAGGGCCUGCGGCGGCCGGGGGGGAGCGCGAUGAGGAGGGCCGCCAUGGCGGUGAAGAAUGGAAAAGCGGUGGUGCGAAGCAGCAAGAUUGUGGUGGGCGACGAUAAUACGGGGGUGCAGAGCGGCAAGAUGAUGGUGGGCGACGGCAAGGUGCUGGAUGGUGAUGGAAAUGAUGAUGGCGAUGCUGCUGCUGUGGUGGCGGCGGCGCCAGGGGGCGACGGUCUGCUCCUCACGCCAGAGGACGUGACCGAGGCCUUCUGCGACCACCUCUCGGCCCCGUCGUCGGUGUGCCAGCACGUCGGGGACUGCACGGUGCGCGGCGUGCCCGACUACCCGUACCGCGGGCGGCAGAUCACCCUCGCGCACGUCCGGUACGACCUGACGCGGAGGACGGCGACGGUGUGCAAGGGGCCGCCCUGCGUGGGCGUCUUUCAGGAGUUUGCGCUGCCGCCCGUGCCCAACGUCUGAAGGAGGAACCCUCGCCAUGCCGUGGGGGAAGUAGGGAAUUCUGUGGAUUAAAUACACGCUGCCUAGUAUAGAUGAACUUGAAGAGAUGCA